GCUCUUGGUGCAUUCCCCGGCAUUCUCUGGGCGUGAGUCACGCAGGUUUGCAGCCAGCCCCAAAGGGGGUGUACUCCAGCAGAGCGCUAUAAAUAGGGCGCUUCUCCGGUGCUCACCAAGCGUCACCAGGAGGAGCGCACUGGAGCGACGCCGCAGACCGACGUGCUGGGACUCCAGACUCAGAGGAGGCCACACCAUGAAGAUUCUCCUGCUGUGUGUGGGGUUGCUGCUGACCUGGGACAAUGGUGUGGUCCUGGGAGAGCAGGUGGUCUCCGACAAUGAGCUCCAGGAAAUGUCUGCUCAAGGGAGUAGGUACGUUAAUAAGGAAAUUCAAAACGCUGUCCAGGGAGUGAAGCACAUAAAGACCCUCAUAGAAAAAACCAACGCAGAGCGCGACUCACUGCUCAACAGCUUAGAAGAAGCCAAGAAGAAGAAGGAGGAUGCUCUAGAUAACACCAGGGAUUCCGAGAUGAAACUAAAGGCGUUCCCGGAAGUGUGCAAUGAGACCAUGAUGGCCCUCUGGGAAGAGUGUAAGCCGUGCCUGAAGCAGACCUGCAUGAAGUUCUAUGCCCGCGUCUGCAGAAGCGGCUCUGGUCUGGUUGGCCACCAGCUGGAGGAGUUUCUGAACCAGAGCUCACCCUUCUACUUCUGGAUGAACGGAGACCGUGUCGACUCCCUGCUGGAGAGUGACAGGCAGCAGAGCCAGGUCCUAGACGCCAUGCAGGACAGCUUUGCCCGGGUCUCUGGCAUCAUGGACACACUGUUCCAGGACCGGUUCUUCACCCACGAGCUCCAGGACACACACUAUAUCUCGCCCUUCGGCUUUCCACACAGGAGGCCUCAUUUCUUAUAUCCCAAGUCUCGCUUGGUCCGCAGCCUCAUGCCUCUCUCCCACUAUGGGGCCCUGAGCUUCCACAACAUGUUCCAGCCUUUCUUUGAUAUGAUACACCAGGCGCAACAGGCCAUGGACGUCCAGCUCCACGGCCCAGGCGUCCACUUCAUGCCGAUAAAUUUAGAAGAAGGUGAAGAUGACCGCACGGUAUGCAAGGAGAUCCGCCACAACUCCACAGGAUGCCUGAAGAUGAAGGGCCAGUGUGAGAAGUGCCAGGAGAUCUUGUCUGUGGACUGUUCAACCAACAACCCUGCUCAAGCUCACCUGCGCCAGGAGCUGAACGACUCGCUCCAGGUGGCCGAGAGGUUGACCCAGCGCUACAACGAGCUGCUCCGGUCCCUCCAGACCAAGAUGCUCAACACCUCAUCCCUGCUGGAGCAGCUGAAUGAACAGUUCAACUGGGUGUCCCAGCUGGCUAACCUCACCCAGGGCGAAGACCAGUACUACCUUCGGGUGUCUACAGUGACAACUCAUUCUUCUGACUCAGAAGUCCCUUCCCGUGUCACUGAGGUGGUGGUGAAGCUGUUUGAUGCUGACCCCAUCACAGUGGUGUUACCAGAAGAAGUCUCUAGGGAUAACCCCAAGUUUAUGGACACAGUGGCGGAGAAAGCGCUGCAGGAGUACCGCAGGAAGAACCGGUGA